CCGGAAGCGCGAGCUUGGCGCCCCCCCCCCCGUUCCGUAUCCCGGCGAGGGCGGCUCCUCCAGCGUACCGGGGCCGGGCGGCCUGCUCGGGCGCGGCGCCAUGGAGCUGAGCGAGAUGCUCUACAACAAGUCCGAGUACAUCGAGACGGCCUCCGGGAACAAGGUCAGCCGGCAGUCGGUGCUGUGCGGCAGCCAGAACAUCGUCCUCAACGGCAAGACCAUCGUCAUGAACGACUGCAUCAUCCGCGGGGACCUGGCCAAUGUGCGAGUGGGGCGCCACUGUGUCGUCAAGAGCCGCAGCGUCAUCCGGCCCCCCUUCAAGAAAUUCAGCAAGGGAGUGGCUUUCUUCCCGCUACACAUUGGGGACCACGUCUUCAUUGAGGAGGACUGCGUUGUCAACGCAGCCCAGAUUGGCUCCUAUGUCCACAUAGGCAAGAACUGUGUCAUUGGCCGCCGGUGCGUCCUGAAAGAUUGUUGCCGAAUCCUUGACAACACUGUCUUGCCCCCGGAAACGGUGGUCCCACCUUUUACAGUCUUCUCAGGCUGCCCAGGGCUCUUCUCCGGAGAACUCCCGGAGUGCACGCAGGAGCUGAUGACUGACGUCACCAAGAGCUACUACCAGAAGUUCCUGCCUCUCACGCAGGUGUAGGCUUCGCCCCCCUGUCCUUGCUUAUGUUGUGUUGUGUUCUCCUUUUGUGCAUCUCCAUCACGCAGCACUUCCAGGUUGGAGGCUGUGACACUUCGAAGCUCUUGCCCCUCAUCAAGCGCAGUCCCACCGCAAAUGCCCUGUCCAGGGGGAGUGGCUCAUGGAGCAUCAGCGCACUCCACCAGUCGAGCAGAUAGAAAUGAAGCCCCCACCCCCGGCCCCAGCCAGGACCACACAGCAGCGCCCCCUCCCCCUCAUAGCCAGUUACUUGCUCAGCCCAGUGGCUGUGCCGCCACCUUCCUGCUCCCUCCCGAGGAUAAGCGCUCAUCUCUGGCUGGGACUUGUCUGCACAGACCUGGAGGGAGUGACAGGAUGUGGUUAUGGGGCCAGGGCACGUAGGUGUCUCUCUCCUCUCCAUGUCCAAAAGAAAAGAGUUGCUCAGGCAAAAUGCAAGCAGGGCAAGGAGCUGAUCUGGUGCACAGCCCCUGGGCAUCUCCCUGGCCUGCCGGGGCGCACAGUUGUUCUCAGCGGCCCUUCUGCACAUGGAAGGAGCUCAAGGCAGGGCCACAGGGUGUCUGGGAUGGUUCUGUGGGGCUCAGAGUAGAAAGGGUGCAAUGCCCAAAGACAGGUGUGCUCCCAGUCCAGCUCAUCUGCUGGCUUGGUCUUCCAGUUAGUAGAGAAAAACUGCUCUGUCAGCUGGCUUGGUUUUAUUCUGCCCUACGGCUGGGGUGGGGGGGCAGGAGAGCGAUGUCUGUGUGUGUGUGGGGGGGGUGCGCUUGUGAACAGGCCUUUGCCACACAUGAGCCAGCACUGAGAGCUCCGGGGGUGGGGGGUGUUGUCCCCACUGUGUGAGCUGCCUGGUUAGUUUUUAUGUUCCUCUCCAAAUGAAAAAUAAAACGUGCUCAAGGA